CCGACAGUGACAAAAUGCUACUGCCUAGAUGAGAGUUCACGGGUUAACCGCAAGAGGAGAAACGUCAACCAUGCCAUGUGUUAAUGUCUCUGCCCUACGGAUGGAGCAGCGCCAAAGCAGCAAAAGCAGCAAAUCCCCCCGCCGGCGUCUCUUGCAGCAAAUCAGCGCCCGUGCUGAGCAGGCAUCAGCCAGCCCUGUCGCUCCAGGGACGCCCGGCCAACAAUCUCCUUCAACGUCUUUUCUCUUCUUUUCUUCUUCUCUUGUCUUCGCUCGUGAACCGUAGUCGACUGCUGUGAAGGCUCGCUGGGUUUCCUUUGCAGUCUUGUGAGCUUGUUGUUGUGAGAGCCUCCACCUGCUGUUCUACUUAACCGAGAAAGUUCCGCCUCCAGGCCGCGCUCACAACGCCCGCUGCUAUAUCUCGAAUCGCUCUCGCUGCGAAUCCUCAUAGUCCGGCAUUUGAAGUUCCUGUCCUGCAAUUGUCAGCGAGAAUAGAUGUACUCCUACCCUCAUCCUCCUCCCCCGCCUCCGGGGAGUUGGCCUCAGCAAUGGGCGCAGCCUCCUCCACCGCAACAAUACAGGUCAGCAACCCACUCAGUGUCGCGUUCUACAUCGCGUUCAAAGUCGGAUUCAAAGGAGUCGAAGAAGAAUGUUGCUAAGUGGCUGAAUAGUCAAUAUCCUCCGGGACAUUAUCCUCCACCAAACAACUACCCUCCACCGGCCAAUUACCCCCCUCCUGCGGGCUAUCCUCCUCCCGGGGGUUAUGCUCCCCGCCAGCCUCACCACUCCCCGGCCCCGUCAUACGGCACACCGCCACUCCCUCAACGGCCGCCCUCGGGCCAAACCCAUUCGAGGAAUUACUCUUCAAGUAGGCCCGCGGACCCAUACCGCACUGAAAAGCACAGGCGUCGGCUAACCCAGACAGACCCGUCAUGGAGCCCCAGCCCGGCCCCGAGCCCCAAUCUCCCACCCCGCCCGCCCAUGGGCGCCCAGCAUUUCGGGCACGGUGCACCGUCGAACUACAGAUUCCAGUACUCGGCCUGUACGGGGCGGCGGAAGGCUCUGCUGAUUGGGAUCAACUACUUUGGCCAGCCGAACCAGCUGCAGGGCUGUAUCAAUGAUGUCACGAACGUGUCUUCGUUCUUGCACGAGCGCAAGGGCUAUCGCAGAGAGGACAUGGUGAUUCUGACCGACGACCAGAAGAACCCGAAGAGUGUGCCUACCAAGUCGAAUAUUAUUCGGGCCAUGCAGUGGCUGGUGCAUGAAGCGCAGCCGAACGACUCGCUUUUUAUUCAUUUUUCAGGACACGGCGGACGGACGCCUGAUCUCGACGGUGACGAAGAAGAUGGUUUUGACGACGUGAUCUACCCCGUGGAUUACCGGACAGCCGGACACAUUGUCGACGACGAAAUGCACGACAUCAUGGUCCGUCCUCUCCAACCCGGAGUGCGCUUAACAGCCGUCUUCGACUCCUGCCACUCGGGCACCGCCCUCGACCUCCCAUACAUCUACUCCACCCAGGGCAUCCUGAAAGAGCCAAACCUCGCCAAAGAAGCCGCCUCCGACCUCUUCUCAGCCUUCACCUCCUACAGCCGCGGCGACCUCGGCGGCGUCGCCCAGACCGCCAUCGGCUUCUUCAAGAAAGCCGCUCUCGGCGACUCAGCGCGCCAGCGCACCGUCCGCACCAAGACCUCGCCCGCAGACGUGGUCAUGUUCUCGGGCUCAAAGGACACCCAGACUUCAGCCGAUACCUUCCAAGACGGCGAAGCGCGCGGGGCGCUCAGCUGGGCGUUCAUCAAGGUGCUGCAGCGGUACCCGAAUCUCAGCUACGUGCAGCUGCUGAAUCUGAUUCGGGCGGAGCUGGACGGGAAGUACACGCAGAAGCCGCAGCUGAGCUGCAGUCAUCCGCUGGAUACUGAUUUGUUAUUUGUUAUGUGA